UCACACUAAGUCACAUGUAAUAAACCCUUUAUAAUUGCUUGAUCUUUCCCUCUCUCACUUAGUCAAAUAUCAUUCCCUUAGUUUCCUGGAAACUUCCUCCUCUGCAGUAAAGAAAAGAAGAAGAAGAGUAUCACAUACAGUAACCAUUGAUGGCCUCUUUCAACCAGCAAAGAUCUGUUCCUAAGUUCAAGUCAGCAACACCGUCUCCACUUCCUCUCUCUUCCUACUUCUCUAUGCCUCCUGGUCUUACUCAAGCCGACCUUCUUGACUCUCCUCUUCUCUUCACUUCCUCUAACGUUUUGCCAUCUCCAACGACAGGCACGUUUCCUUUGGAAUCUCUGAACUGGAAGAACAACGGUUUGCUUACCAACCGGAAUGAAAUCAAAGCUGAAGAUGGGAAGGAGGAGCACUUUGAUUUUGCCUUCACUACCAUCCAGACAUCUCCUCCUUUGUUCCUAUCUCAUUUUCAGACAGAAGAUCAGCGUUCAACCCAAGUGGAUGUACCCAAAUUUGAGUCAUCAGGUAACAAAACCUCUGAAGAUGGAUACAACUGGAGAAAAUACGGACAGAAGCAAGUCAAAGGAAGCGAAAACCCUAGGAGUUACUUCAGAUGCACGUAUCCAAACUGCCUCACAAAGAAGAAAGUAGAGACUUCUCUUGUGAAGGGUCAUGUCACUGAGAUUGUCUAUAAAGGAAGCCACAAUCAUCCCAAACCUCAGUUCACUAAGAGGUCAGCUUCCACUGCAGCAACAAAUGACGUCAGUUCUCAUCAGAGUGGUGGUGAAGAUAACGUAGAUGCCAAAAGAGGGAAAAGAGAAGAGGCUGUGAAGGAGCCAAGAGUGGUAGUUCAGACAACAAGUGAUAUAGACAUUCUUGACGAUGGUUAUAGAUGGAGAAAGUAUGGUCAGAAAGUCGUUAAAGGCAAUCCAAAUCCAAGGAGCUAUUACAAGUGCACCUUCACAGGAUGUUGCGUAAGGAAGCAAGUGGAGAGAGCAUUCCACGACGCAAAGUCAGUGAUCACUACUUACGAAGGAAAGCAUAACCACCAAAUCCCAAACCCAAAGAAGACGUCACACCUCAACAUGAUCUCAGACUGUGUCAGCUUUUAGUUUUUUUCAGAACGUUAUGUAACAAAUGAUGUAAUAAACAUAGAAAAGGCACAUGCUAUUAGCUGACAUUUUGAAGUAAAGGCAAAUCCAUUCACUUUCUUUAUA